AUGGCGGUGGCGUUGACGAGUCUUUUGGCGCUCGUUGUGGCGGUCCAGGUGGCGGCAGUGCCGGACAUUCCGCAGUGCUGGGCAGAGGUCGACGUGGUGGCGCAAGUAGUGAGUACACCAGUCAGCAAUACGCAGGCUGUUAUUGCAGCUGAUAUGGAUGGUGAUGGCGAUAUCGACCUGGCAUCGGCGGGUGGCAACUGGAUCGCGUGGCACGAGAACACCGACGCAAACGGAACCUUUGCGCUGCCGCAAGUAGUGAGCACGGCAGUCGACGGUGCGCGGGCUCUCAUUGCGACUGACAUUGAUGGAGAUGGCGAUCUGGACCUGGUGUCCGCGUCGUACAACGACAACAAGGUUGCAUGGUAUGAGAACCUGUACGGCAACGCCACCUUUGGCCAGCAGCAAGUGGUGACCACUGCAGCAGGCACUGUGCAGUCUGUCGUUGCAGCUGACUUUGAUGGUGAUGGCGAUAUCGACCUGGCGUCGGCAUCGUAUUUGGACGACACCAUUGCGUGGUACGAAAACACCGACCGAGCCGGGAGCUUCGGGCCGCCACAGGUGUUGAGCGCCUUGACAAACGAUGCGUAUUCAGUGAUCGCGGCUGACAUUGACGGAGAUGGCGAUCCGGACCUGGUCUCGCCGUUGUUCGGUCAAGACAAGAUUGCCUGGUACGAGAACAUCGACGGAGCCGGAAUCUUUGGGCCGCAGCAAGUGGUGAGUACCGCAGCGAAUGGUGUGCGGUCUGUGACUGCGGCUGACAUGGAUGGAGACGGGGAUCUGGACCUGGUCUCGGCGUCGGAGCUUGACGACAAGAUUGCGUGCACUGUAGCCCGCGCUGCCAGGUCGGUCAUUGCGGCUGACGUGGAUGGUGAUGGUGACAUGGACCUGGCGUGGGCGUCGUCGUUCGCCAACAAGAUUGCGUGGCACGAGAACAAGGACGGAGCCGGAGACUUUGGGUCAGAACAGGUGGUGAGCACUGUAGCGGACGGUGCAGUGUCUGUGUUUGCGGCUGACAUUGAUGGAGACGGGGAUCUGGACCUGGCGUCGACCGUCGGCGGCAAGGUUGCAUGGUACGCAAACGCUGACGGGAACACCACGUGGGAUCGCAGCGAGUGGUGA